UCACUGUGUUGCGCACUAUAACCUUCAACGAAAUUCAAGUUAGCGCGCAGUCAGUUCAAAACAAGUUCACUAAUAAAAUAACACAGCAAAAAACAGAAUUUAACAUUAUAACAACAAUGUGUGGCCGUUUAGCUUGUACACUAUGUCCUGAUGAUAUUGUCAACUCAGUUCAUCAACAAACAGAAAAAACUAAAAACAAUGAAACUGAUGCACAAAAUGGUAAACCAGAUUGGAUAGAGAGGCAAUAUGUUUAUACACCUACUUAUAAUGGUGCUCCAACAACUGUUUUACCAGUAAUGGUUCAUAAAAGAAGUUUAGGACUCAAAAUUAAUGAAAAUUCAUUAAAAACUGAUGAAGAAAGUGAUUAUUGUAUCAUUCCAAUGAGGUGGGGAAUGGUUAUACCCAAUAAACCUGAAAAUUCCACAUUUCACACUCACAAUGCUCGAAUCGAGAAUGUUUUGAAUUCUGGCCUCUACAAACCAUGUCUAUUCAGUGGUAAAAGAUGUGUUAUUCUUGCUGAUGGUUAUUAUGAAUGGAAAACUACUCAGGGAAAAGAUCACAAACAACCAUUUUAUCGUCAUUUCAAAUCAAAUACUGAAAAUGAGAAUGGAAAAAAUCUAGUUAAAUUUGCUGGUUUGUUCAAUACUAUUCAGGAUGAAUCUGGUGUUAAACACACUUGUAGUAUGUUAACAAAAGACUCUUCAGCUUCUUUAAAGUGGUUACAUCAUCGAAUGCCACUAUUUCUCAACACGCCAGAAGACAUUGAUAACUGGUUGAACAGCAAAGAUAUUAAAUAUGAAGAAGCACUAAAACGUUUACCAGAUUAUGAAGAAGUUGCACCUGAAUUCAAGUUGGAUUAUUAUCAAGUAGAUAAAAGUUAUGUGAAUAAUUCUUCUUGUAAUAGUGAGAAAUGUAUGGAACGCAUAUCUUUGAAAAGAAAGAGUAAUACUUUGGAUGGUUGGCUUACCAAGAAGAAAAAGAUUGAUUAACACAUUCCUCAUUAAUUCAUCACUUAUUUACUAACUAUUGUAUAUUUUUUGUUAUUUAAUUUCUUAUUUUUUGUUUAAUCUUGAAGGUAAAUUUUGUAAACGUGAAGUUGUGGUUGCCUAUAGUAUGAUACCAAAACUUGAAUUAUUGGCUUCAUGAAACAUUAAUGAUUUCUACAGCAAAGCCUGGAAAGUGACUAACUAAAAUUGCAUCGCCAGUAUUAUUAAUUUAAACCAUGAUUGCAAGUGCAGCCGUAUAAAUUACGAAAAGGGUGGAGAGGUCAAGAAGUUUGAAUUGCUGAUGAAACACGAUACGCUGUCGACGCCAUUAAACAUGCAUCACAAAUUGGAUCAAUCGUCAAUGCUCAACAGACAAUACACCUUUAUUCAGUUACAUGCAUCAGUUUAUUCGUUCUACGCAAGAAACUCGUCUUUUUAUGUUUCUAUAUAUAAAAGAAAGAAAAUGA